AUGAGUGGUGGAUGGAAUACCAUUGAAUCCGAUGCGGGUGUCUUUACCUCCCUCAUCGAGAACCUCGGCGUCAAAGACGUUCAAUUCGAAGAACUUCUUACACUCGACCCCUCAGAGCUCCUCACCCUCCAGCCUAUCUAUGGCGUGAUCUUUCUCUUCAAGUACCCGACCGACCAACCAUAUGCGACACCAGAAGGCCCCCGCGACGGCUCUUUCGACCAAGCCGCCUCCGAGAACAUCUUCUUCGCCGCACAGACUAUCCAGAAUGCAUGCGCUACACAGGCCCUCCUGAGCGUACUGCUAAACAAGACGAAAGACGUCGAGAUAGGUGAGCAGUUGGGCGACUUCAGAGAGUUCACCAUGGUGUUGCCACCCGAAUUCCGAGGUGAGGCGCUUAGCAACUCUGACCUCAUUCGCGAGGUGCACAACAGCUUCGCUCGCAGCAGUCCUUUUGCCGACGAGACGGACAAGACUGGCGCAGAGGCGGAAGAUGCUUUCCACUUCAUCGCUUACACGCCCAUCAAUGGCACACUCUACGAGCUCGACGGCUUGCAGCCCCAUCCCAUCUCCCACGGCGCCUGCAACUCUGAAGAUUUCCCCACCAAGGUCGUCGACGUUCUUCAGCGCCGCAUUGCACGAUAUGACGCCACCGAGAUUCGCUUCAACCUCCUCGCUAUGUGCAGGGAUCUUCGACAGCGAGCGCGCGACUUUGGCGACCAGGAAUUGUUGGAGAGGGAGGAGCGCAAGCGCCGAGACUGGAUGUUUGAGAAUGCUCUGCGAAGACACAACUUUGUCGGCUUCGCGGGUGAAGUGAUGAAGGGUGUUGUGCGCAACAAGAUCGCUGAGGGUGGUGAUGCUGCUUGUGAUAAGUGGGUGAAGGAGAGCUUGGAGAGAAGAAAGAACGCGGAGCAAGCUUACAGAGGUCGAGGUGGCGGCGGCGGUGAUGGAGAUGGCGAUGUUGAUAUGGGUGCUUAA